UUCAGAGAGUGAUAUUGGAAUGAUUAUCUAGAAUUUGAAGACACAAAUAUAUGAAGAUACAUGCUUGUUGGUUAGUAAUAAUAACUUUAAAUCACAGUAAUAAAUAUUGCCUGUUAGUGAGAAACAUCCACUUGAACUGUUCACUGCACACUAACUUUAGUGUAUAGAUAUCGACCAUGUUCUACAUUAUUAUACACUAUUCUUUAAGGAAGAUGACCAAGUUUUUGAAGAUGUGCCAUAAGUGGUCAUUUAAUUUGAAAGCAUAAUGAAUUUCCUCCUCUGCUUCCAGCCGUACAACCACAGCGAUGUAUGGGUUUACCCUUAGAUCAGGUGAUAGUUCAUAAAGUAUCUCCUUAGUCAAAGCGGAAUCUCAGAGAGUGAGGGGAUGGGCUGUUAGGAGCCUCAGCAGAGCACUCCUUCUGCAGCCUCUGUCCACGCCAGAGCUGUGCUGUCCGUUUGAAAAAGUUUGGGCAAAUAAACUACCCAAAUGGGAAGCGGAAUUAGUUCAGAGAGCAAGGAGUCAGCCAAAAGAUCAAAACAACUGGAGAAAAAGCUUCAAGAAGAUGCGGAGCGAGAUGCAAGAACUGUAAAGUUGCUGUUAUUAGGAGCAGGAGAAUCUGGAAAAAGUACAAUUGUUAAACAAAUGAAGAUCAUCCAUAAGAACGGUUACAGUGAGCAAGAAUGCAUGGAGUUCAAAGCAGUAAUUUACAGUAACAUAUUGCAAUCCAUCCUAGCUAUUGUGAAAGCCAUGACUACCCUUGGGAUUGAUUAUGUGAAUCCCAGAAGUGCAGAAGACCAACGACAACUUUGUGUGAUGGCGAACACUCUGCAAGAUGGUGGCAUGACACCUGAACUGGCUGAGGUGAUAAAAAGACUCUGGAGAGACCCAGGAGUUCAGACCUGCUUUGAAAGGGCAUCUGAAUAUCACCUCAAUGACUCAGCAGCUUACUACCUUAAUGAUGUAGAUAGAAUCACAGCUCCUGGAUAUGUCCCAAAUGAGCAAGAUGUUCUACAUUCUCGAGUGAAAACAACUGGAAUCAUUGAAACUCAGUUCUCCUUCAAAGAUUUGCAUUUCAGAAUGUUCGACGUAGGAGGACAGAGAUCUGAGAGAAAGAAAUGGAUUCAUUGCUUUGAAGGCGUUACAUGCAUUAUAUUUUGUGCUGCGCUCAGUGCCUAUGACAUGGUCCUAGUGGAAGAUGAGGAAGUGAACAGAAUGCAUGAAAGCCUUCACCUAUUCAACAGUAUCUGUAAUCACAAGUACUUUGCAACCACCUCCAUUGUCCUGUUUCUCAAUAAAAAGGAUCUCUUUCAAGAAAAAGUAACCAAAGUGCAUCUUAGUAUCUGCUUUCCAGAAUACACUGGACCAAAUACAUUUGAAGAUGCAGGGAACUACAUCAAAAACCAGUUUCUAGACCUGAAUUUAAAAAAAGAAGAUAAGGAAAUUUAUUCCCACAUGACCUGUGCUACAGAUACCCAAAAUGUCAAGUUCGUGUUUGAUGCGGUUACAGAUAUAAUUAUCAAAGAGAAUCUAAAAGACUGUGGGCUUUUCUAAUCAGCCCUUUUUUCUUCCACUCUUGUUCUUGUACACUUUUCAAGAUAUAAAAGGAAAGGUGCUGUGUGAUGUGUUUAGUUUUAAUACUAUUAACUUAUCUAGAAAUAUAACUAGUAUUAUAAAACAAAAUUUUUUCAUAUAAAAAUUUUAAUAUAUUGUCAGCUCUCUCUGGAUGUUUCAAUUUCUUUGGCACAGUGAGGAUGGGGGUGUCUUUGAUGUCUGAUGUCCUUAGGUCUGAAAAUAUACAUUUUGGUAAAGCUCUAUCAGUACAUAUCACUGACACUGAAUUUUCUUGGUAGUAAAUUUCUGUAUUGUGGUCUAUUUUUAAUCAUAGAACAAUGAAAAAAUGCAGAGUAUCCCAUAUUAUUUUCAUUGGCUGGAAUUUGAGAGGCAUUUGUUUUCACUGAUAUGUAAUUGUGCCCGUACUAUAAAGACUAUUAUUGGCCCAUUACUCCUAUUCAGUAAGCUGCAAAUGAAAUGUUCACUCUACAUGUAAUUGUGGACAGGAAAUUUCAUAUGCAAAAGAAAUGCACGCCAUUUUAUCUGUCAUGUUUCCCUUUGAAAAAAGUGAUUAAUGCUGAAUUUUACCUUAGAAUUGAAGAUUUUAACACAAUAUCAUUUUGUAUCAGCCUAGUUAAAAAUGGGACCGUGUAUGGUCAAACAUAUAGCAUAAGGCUGUUCAGGCUGAACAAGAGUCCUUAACGGAGUACUUAUUCUCACAUUUUGCUCCAGAGUGGCAUGGAGCAUUAUUACAAUUGAUGGUUUAGGAACAACAAUUUUAAGCCACAGAGAGGAAAAUAAUUCAGUUUCUUAACACUAGUAUGUUUUGCUUUUAUGAAUAAGAAGUAGGAAGUAAGAGUGAGUAAUUAGGAGAUUUUGUGGAAGAGAAACAUUGAGCUUUUUAGUACUGUGCGGGCCAUUCUAAAUGCUAUACAGUAUGCUAAUGGUCAAGCCUGUUUUUUUAAAACCUAAUCUGGUGCCUUACAAACCAAAUCAUAUGAUUUGCAAAAAAAGAUGACUUCUUCCUUUCUUGAAGUGUGUAACAUUUAUAACAUAUACUUUUCAAGCAGGUCUUAAUACUGUUUGCCUUCUACCAUGGGAAAAAGAUGAUACAUAGGUCAGAAUAGUAGGUCAAUGCAUGAGAUUUCUAACUACCCUGAAAAGAGAGCUAAUUAGGUUUUUACAAGCUAGAUGAGGAAAAGGUAAAUUAACCCAUUUGCCAAUCUGAUGAAUUCAGGUAGUUUUGUCUCAAUGGCACUUCUUCACGGUUCUGUAACAUUUCCAUUCUAAACACUUAAGAAUUAUCACUAUUCCAUAAGUAGCCUGGACUGGAGUGUCUGUGGCUUUAUUUUCAAAACCAUAAAGGAGUUUUCAACAAAUACAUUCCUACAAAAAUUUCAUAGUAAGAAAAAUUAAUUGGAAAUUUCUGUGCAGAAUAUAAAUUUUUAAGGAGCCUAAGAUAGCAAGGACAAAAAAAAGAGCAAACAUUUAGCGUGAGAAUUUAAUAAAUUUUUCUGGCUGAACCAAUGUCUAUAUGACUAAAAACAAUAAUGUGCUAGGAGAUAUUCAAUGUUAACAGAUUUUACAUUAAGAUUGCAAAUGCUAUCAUUUCAUCUAUUGCUUUAUCUUUUUAUUUUCUCCCAUUCUCCUUUAGCCUGCUUUUCUCUACCAGUGUGAAGACAAUUUCCAGUAAAUGAACAAGAUGUUUUGUGAAAUGUUACUAUUAUUAUUCGGAUUUUGACUCUGUCUUACCCUUAGGAUUUCUCUUUUUGGUGUAAAGCAUGGGGUCAGAAAUGGUUCAUUUUAUCUUUUACAAAUACAUAACUCAUUUCAAUCUGUGCAAAAAAAAAAAAAUGACAAGCAGAAAUGUUGUAAAAUACCAUUCUGUGAGAAAUUUUAAAAAUAUGUUAAAUGACCAAACUAAAAUUAGAGGUCAGUUUGGAUUAUGGAAGGGGGGGAACCCUUAAAUUCCUUCCUACCCUAUGCUUGAAAUUUUAAAAAUUUCUUCACAAUCACAAAUUGUUGUUAUCCUAAACAAUGCAUUUUCAUUAAAAAGAGAAAUUUUUAGUAGAGAAAAUAGAUGUUUGCAUUAUUUCUUAAAUGAUCACCCUCCUUAAAAUUGAGUCUAUUUGUGAUUUUACUUUUUAAGUUUUUAAUUAAAAAGGUUGGCGUAGAAGCACAGUAUUUUGAACUAAUUAGAGUAACAAAUGGAAAAUCUGGGAAAUCUGGAAAAAUCUUCUGGCUUUACCCAGAAGAAACUUGUACUGAGACCAGCAAUGUUAAAGUUGGUUAGAAUUCAAUAUUCCAACUGCACAGUUAGUGUUGUUGCUUUGCUAGUGUCUCAAAGAGGCAGUCUUAGCCUUUGUCAAAGUUCAAAUGUUAUUAUACUGAUAUUCUCCUUUUCUGUUAUUUGAGGUCUCUCUUCCUCACUCAGAAUGUUCUCAAAUCCUCAUGCCUUAGAUUUGUAACACUCCCAACUCUCACUUCUAAAAUGUGCCCAACUGUGGACACACUACAGUACCUCAGAGAUCUGGGGCAGGCUUCCAUCUAAUGGGGUCACCAUAAUUAAUCCUUGCAGAGUUUUUCCAGAAGCAUGAACUGGUGAACAGAUAAGUCUUUGCACCUUGGGACUAGUGACUACAGAGUUAAUUCAAGAAGAGUAUUAAUUGGUAAUACCCUUGAAUCAAAUAUUAAAGUUGGUGACUCUAAAAAGAAGCUCUAUAGAAAAGGGUUUCAAAUUCUAGGAAAUCUACCACAUACAUUAUAGAUAUCCCAUAUCCUAUUGAUUAACAGAAUUUAUAAAACAACACCAGUCUUCAAGUGUAUCCUACAAAUUGGCAAACUAAUUCUUCAGGCUGUGGGCCUGUCCUAACACGGGUUUUUUUUGUUUUUGUUUUUGUUUUUUACUUGAUCCAUUAUCUUAUUUAAUCACGAAAUAUAUUUUCAAAUAUUUGCACAGAAUCAUUCAGGCUUGACUUAGUCAAACAAUGUGUGAGGAAAAAUAAAUUUUGUGUGUGGACAUAGGUUUUUCCUCUGUGACAUCACUUCAGAAUCAGCAGUGGAUGAGCUGGUUCACAUGAGUCAACUACUAAAAAUAAGAUAUUUGUAAGAACUAUAGGAGCAACCGUGAAUCCUCUCACUUAGAAUAACUUUAAAAAUAGGAGAGGCGACCCUCCAUCUUGUUGCAGUAAGUAUUCAAUUAAUUGAUAAUCUAACCAGCUGGGGCCUUCUUUCUUUUUAGGCCUUUCCUGACAAUCUUACCUACUAGUCUCCAGCCACAUGGGGGCACACUAACAUCAUGUGUUUUUCUACCCAAAUGUUGCACAAAUAAUAAAUUUAGACGGCCAACAGCUUUAAUGAGACAGAUAAUAAAAUCCUACUAAGAAAUAUAACUCUGUUGUGCUUCCCAGGUCAGUAGGAUCUGAUCAUCUUCUGAUAAUCAUAAUGUGCACUAUUUGAGCCAAAUCUGUGAAUAACAAAUCUAUCGAAAUAGGUCCAAAUUUGUUUCGUGAUAUACAGAUACUUAGUCUUUUCUCGUGCUCUAAUUUCUUUUUUUUUUUUUUUUGACAUUUUGAACCUGUUGUUUAAAUCUAAGUUAUCAUUAGUUUUGUACAGUGUGGUUUUCCAUAUUGUUUCUAAAACAUUGUGUCUAAAAUCUUGAUUAGCUUACAGAGAAAUGUAGGAGAAAAAUAAUUUGAUGUUUAACCACUAGGUUUCAUGAAUAGUAAUUAAAUGGCUGCUUAUUAAUGUGUUUCUUUUCAAUAAAUCAAAGUAAAAUUCCACCCGGCUAUCACA